CAUUUGUAAAUCUGAUGAUCGUGUUUUCUAACCAGUCUCCUAAGUCAUGCAUCAAACAGCCCUGGCCCUGUAACAGAGCCCUGCGGUCCCCACUCCGCACUUCCCUCUCGCGGGAUGCCGAGCCCUGGACACACCCUCGCUGUUGCCCGACCAGCUCUGCAUCCAUCUGAUGACUGCAUCAACCAGCCCACGUUUUGCCUGCUUCUCCGACAGAAGCUCAUGGGCCACUUGGUCAAAUGUUUUGCUGAAGUUGAGGUCUACUGCAUCUGUCACACUCCCAUGGUCACCUGAGGUCAGCCUAUCAAAAAAGGAGAUCAGGUGUUGCCUACCAACCCCGAGGAAAGCUGGCAGGUGUACAGUUCUGCCCAGGAUAGUGAAGGGCGAUGCAUAUGCACAGUGGUGGCGCCUCAACAGACAAUGUGCUCACGGGAUGCCAGAACAAAGCAGCUACGGCAGCUGUUGGAAAAGGUACAGAACAUGUCCCAGUCAAUAGAAGUCUUGGACAGGCGAACUCAACGGGAUCUUCAGUAUGUUGAGAAAAUGGAGAAUCAAAUGAGAGGCCUGGAAUCCAAGUUCAAGCAAGUGGAAGAGAGUCACAAGCAACACCUGGCCAGACAGUUCAAGGCAAUAAAAGCGAAAAUGGAAGAGCUUAGGCCCUUGAUCCCAGUGUUGGAGGAGUACAAAGCCGAUGCCAAAUUGGUUUUGCAGUUUAAAGAGGAGGUGCAGAACCUGACGUCAGUUCUAAACGAGCUCCAGGAAGAAAUUGGCGCCUUUGACUACGAAGAGCUUCAGAGCAGAGUGUCAAAUCUUGAAGAGAGGCUGCGGGCAUGCAUGCAGAAAUUAGCAUGUGGGAAAUUGACUGCAAUAAGCGACCCCAUAACCGUAAAGACUUCUGGUUCAAGGUUCGGCUCCUGGAUGACAGACCCCUUGGCUCCCGAAGGUGAAAGCAAGGUCUGGUACAUGGACAGUUAUCAUAACAACCGAUUUGUCCGUGAAUACAAAUCCAUGUCUGACUUUAUGAACACGGAUAACUUCACCUCUCACCGCCUUCCACACCCAUGGUCUGGCACUGGCCAAGUGGUCUACAAUGGCUCAAUCUAUUUCAACAAAUACCAAAGCCACAUAAUCAUCAAGUUUGACUUGAAAACGGAGACCAUCCUUAAAACGCGUAGCUUGGAUUACGCGGGCUACAAUAACGUCUAUCAUUAUGCCUGGGGUGGCCAUUCAGACAUCGACCUCAUGGUGGAUGAGAACGGGCUGUGGGCUGUCUACGCCACCAACCAAAAUGCAGGGAACAUUGUUAUCAGUAAGCUGGACCCCAACACCUUGCAGAGCCUUCAGACCUGGAACACGAGCUACCCCAAGCGCAGCGCUGGCGAAGGGUUCAUCAUCUGUGGCACUUUGUACGUCACCAACGGCUACUCGGGAGGAACCAAGGUGACCUAUGCUUACCAGACCAACAGCUCCACUUACGAAUACAUAGACAUCCCGUUCCUAAACAAGUACUCGCAUAUUUCCAUGCUGGACUACAACCCCAAGGACAGAGCUCUCUACGCGUGGAACAAUGGCCACCAAAUACUGUACAACGUCACCCUUUUCCACGUCAUCAGGUCUGAUGAGUUGUAGUCCCCCUUGGGGUGCAGAAAUGGAGCUGAACGCUUCACACAGCCGCCCAGAGGGCGGAAGUUCAGGUGGACACGUAUUUUAAAAUAUCAAAAGGGGAGUUUCAAGACGGAACAGCUGCCAAAAUGUAAAAAGAGAGGAUUAUCUCUUAGUUAAAACUGCAAGAUCAGAACUUACCUCUCAAAUGUCAAACUAUUAUUAUCGACAACAGGAAAAAAAAAAAUGCUACUCAUUUGCAGCUGGAACUGCACUUGAAAAAUUUUCCAGCCACUUUUUCAGGGUGGGGCUGAGAUGGUUGUCCCCCCAUUUAUGUCCCAAUAGCAGAGCUGUAGUUAUAAAGUACAAGGAAAGGCGAUGACUGUUGGACAUUCAUCAUGGGGGCGGGGGGUAGGGCUACCUGGUUUUCUUGCUUCCCCUCUUUCUUCUUCUGCCUUUGUUUCUUCUUGGCGUGUUGCAUGGACAUUUCCCCACAUCCCAGCGAGCUACGAUGAAUGUCUGGGUGGUCUGACAACAUACAGUUGAUUCAUACUGGCGGUGUUUGAUUUUUCUUUAAUAAAAAGAGGGUUGUGUGUAAAGAUUGUAUAACCAUUACAGUUAGCAACUCAUCUCUUGCUCUUUCUCUCUUUCUCUCUCUUUUUCCUCUGUGUUUUAUGUCCCCUUUAGACGAACUGUUCUGAGACCCAAAGUAGCUAAUGGAACUGUGUCUUUAGUAGCUAUAAAAUACAAAAAGAAAAAAAAGUUAUGUACUAUUGACAAAAUGUUGUACCCAAAUAUUUGUUUGAACAUGUAUCCAGCCAAUAACUUGUACCCUAAAUGUCUGUUAUUAACCAGAGGUGGAAAACUUUCUAUGUCCAGGUUUAUGCAAUGAAUGUUGUAAAUGCAAAUAAUGUCAUUUGAAUUAAUAAAUGAA